CUGCAACACUCUGUGUUGGUUGCGGGCCUUGUAACUUUUCGUGUAUGUGGGAUAGUGUUGGAAUGAGUGCGUAAAUAUUUAAUUAAUCAUCAACAUGAAGUUGAACGUGUCAUUCCCUGCCACGGGCUGUCAGAAGCUCAUUGAAAUUGAAGAUGAGAAGAAGAUGCGCAUUUUUUAUGAAAAGCGCAUGGGUCAAGAGGUUGAAGUUGACUCCCUUGGUGAUGAAUGGAAGGGCUAUGUUGUGCGCAUCUCUGGUGGAAAUGAUAAACAAGGCUUCCCAAUGAAGCAGGGAGUCCUCACUAACAAUCGCGUCCGUUUGCUUUUGUCGAAGGGUCACUCGUGCUACAGACCACGACGCGACGGUGAGCGUCGCCGCAAGUCAGUCAGGGGCUGCAUUGUUGACAACAACCUCUCUGUGCUCGCCCUCGUCGUCGUCAAGAAGGGAGAAGGAGAAAUUCCUGGCCUCACAGACACGAAUGUGCCUCGCCGACUCGGACCCAAGAGAGCGUCAAAAAUCCGCAAGCUUUUCAACUUGCGCAAGGAAGACGACGUUCGUCAGUUUGUGGUGAAGCGCCCGCUGCCUCUCAAGGAAGGCAAGAAGCAGAAGUUUGCUUGCCCCAAGAUUCAGCGUCUUGUAACCCCCGCCGUGCUGCAGCAUAAGCGCCGUAGGCUCGCGCUCAAGAAGAAGAGGAGGGAGACAGCACGCAGUCUCAAGGAGGACUACGAGAAGAUGCUUGCUCUGCGAUACAAGGAGUUGCAGGAACGCAAAGCAGAUAGCAAGCGACGCAAGUCUUCGCGCAGACAGUCGACUAGUUCUGUCUAAAGGAAGUUUGCUCACGUAAAGGCGUUGGUGCA